AUGGCCAACUCUAAGGAUACUACAUCCAAGGUCUUAUGUGCGCGUGACGGUGACAUGAGCACAAACAACAAACGGCGUGGAAGAAGCGGUUCCAGUUGUUCUGUGUCUGGAGUGCCUGCUUUCGUAAACGCCCCGACCGCAAUGUCCGCUGAUCUCGCAUCUCUAUUUGAGUGUCCAGUUUGUUUAGAUUAUAUCUUACCUCCAAUAUUGCAAUGUGAGAGCGGGCAUCUCGCCUGCUCCAGUUGCCGACCAAAGCUGUCAUGCUGCCCCACCUGCCGUGGGCACCUCGGUUACAUACGAAACCUUGCCAUGGAAAAAGUUGCUAAUUUUAUCAUGUUUCCGUGUAAAUAUUCUAAUUCUGGUUGUACUGUCACUCUUGUGCACACAGAAAAAGCGGAACAUGAAGAAGCUUGUGAAUUCAGACCAUACUCGUGCCCUUGUCCAGGUGUAUCAUGUUCGUGGCAAGGUGGAUUGGAUCAAGUGAUGCCCCAUCUAAUAAUGUCUCAUAAACAUAUCACAACCCUGCAGGGAGAAAACAUUGAAUUCUUAGCCGACAUUAACUUGCCAGGAGCAAUCAACUAUGUUAUGAUGCAGUCUUGUUUCAACCACCAUUUCAUGUUAGUACUUGGAAAACAAGAGAAAUUUUAUGGACAUCAGCAAUUUUUUGUUAAAGUACAACUUAUUGGAACACUCAAAGAAGCAGAAAAUUUUGCGUAUCGAUUGGAAUUAAAAGGACAUCGUCGUCGUCUUACCUGGGAAGCGAUGCCUAGAUCCAUUGAUGACGAAGUUUCUUCAGACAUAAUGAAUUCCGACUGUCUCGUAUUUGAUACCUCUCUUGCACAACUAUUUGCUGACAAUGGGAAUCUUCGAAUAAAUGUAACAAUAUCAAUCGUCUAG